AUGAGUCUCUCCUGGAAGGAGCGGGUCUUCAUGGCACUGCUGGGGGCAGCAACAGCCUCGGGCCUCGCCAUGCUCAUCCUCAUCCUGGUGGAGGCCACCAGCGUCCUCCUGCCUGCAGGCACCCAGUUCGGGAUCGUGUUCGAUGCUGGCUCCUCCCACACGUCACUCUUCUUGUACCGGUGGCCAGCGGACAAGGAGAACAACACGGGCCUCGUCAGCCAGGCCCUGGCCUGCCGGGUGGAAGGGCCUGGAAUCUCCUCCUACGCCUCUAAUCCUGCGCAGGCUGGUGAGAGCCUGAAGGGCUGCCUGGAGGAGGCACUGGGGCUGAUCCCAGAGGCCCAGCAUCAGGAAACAGCCCUGUUCCUGGGUGCCACGGCUGGCAUGAGGCUGCUCAGCCAGAAGAACAGCUCCCAGGCAAGGGACAUCCUCGCCGCAGUCACUCAGGUGCUGAACCAGUAUCCUGUGGACUUUGGGGGUGCUGAGGUCCUGGCUGGGCGAGAUGAAGGUGCCUUUGCUUGGAUCACCAUCAACUAUGUCCUGGGCAGGCUGGUCAAGUACUCCUCUGGAGAAUGGAUCCAGCCUGCAGAGGGGACUCUGGUGGGCACCCUGGACCUAGGGGCCACCUCCACCCAGAUCAGCUUUGUGCCCGCGGGCCCCAUCUUGGACCAGAGCACCCAGGCCACCUUCUGCCUGUACAGCACAAACUACAGCAUCUACACCUACAGCCACCUCUGUUAUGGGCAGGACCAGGUUCUCAGCAGGCUCCUGGCUGCCCUGGUGCAGGUAGGGAUGGACAGCUCCAAAACCCUGGUUCAUCACCCAUGCUACCACAGCGGCUACCAGGCCGUGCUGCCUGUGUCCACCCUGCGCAGCUCGCCCUGCACCCACCCCUCGGCUGCCCUGGAGCUCCCCCAGAACCUCACAGUCCAGGGAACGGGCAACCCUAAUGCCUGCGUGGCGGCCAUCCGUGGUCUCUUCAAUUUCUCCAGCUGUGGAGGCCAAAGAGAAUGCGCCUUCGAUGGGGUCUACCAGCCCCCCCUGCGGGGCCACUUCUACGCCUUCUCCAACUUCUACUACACCUUCAGCUUCCUGAACCUCACCUCCAGGCAGACACUCAGCACAGUCAACACCACCAUUUGGGAGUUUUGCCAGAGGCCCUGGAGGCUGGUCGAGGUCAGCUAUCCUGGACAGGAGCGUGGGCUGUGGAGCUUCUGUACCUCAGGCCUCUACAUCCUCACACUGCUGCUGGAGGGCUAUGGCUUCACUGAGGACACCUGGCCCAGCAUUGAGUUUCAGAAGCAGGCUGGCGGCAUGGACAUUGGCUGGACGCUGGGCUACAUGCUGAACCUGACAGGCAUGGUUCCUGCCGAGGCGCCGGCUCAGUGGCGGGCACAGAGCUAUGGCAUCUGGACGGCUGGCGUCGUGUUCCUGGUGCUGACCAUCGUGACCACUCUGGGGGCUGGCGCCGUCCAGCUCCUCUGGCCCCAGGAGUAGAUGGAGCCCGAUGAGCGUGGUGGCAGUGGGUGACAAGGGCACAGUGUGCGGGGAGCAGGGAUC